AUGGCGAAAACAAAGCUAGGGGUCGGGUGGGACGGCACCGGCGGCGCGCGGCUCGGGCUGCAGCGACCGCUGGACGACGACCAGAUGUUCUAUUCCAUUAAGGGCCAGUUUUCAGGGGCCACCGUGCUGCUGACGGGCGCCUCUGGCUACAUCGGCAGCGUGGUGCUGGAGCAGCUGCUGCGCACCACGGACGUCGGCGCGGUGUACCUGCUGCUGCGAGGGCGGCGGGGGGCGGACCCCUCGGAGCGCGUGCGGACGCUCCUGCAGAGCAGCCUCUUCCACAUGGUCCGCGACAGCCGCGCGACCGUGGGCAAGGUGAAGGCCGUGCAGGGCGACAUCCAGCUGCCGGGCAUCGGCCUGUCUCAGUCAGACCGCGCGCGCCUGAUGCGCAGCGUUGACGUCAUCAUCCACUGCGCCGCGGACAUCAGGCUCGAGCCGACGAUCCAGGAGACGCUGCAGGCCAACUUUGAGGGCACGCGCGCGAUCCUGGAGCUGGCCGCCUCGUGCGCGCACCUGCGCGCGCUGGUCCACGUCAGCAGCUGCUUCGUCAACGUCAACCGGCCGCGCAGCAGCACCGUGGCGGAGCAGCUCUACCCGCUGCGCUUUGGGGAGCAGGUGGUUGAUGCGGAGGACAUAGCCGCGGAGCUCAUGAGCCUGCCGUCUGGGGACGCCGACAUGCGGGCCAACGUGUACAUGAAGCGGUGGAGGUUCCCAAACACGUACACACUGGGGAAGCACCUCACAGAGCACCUGGUCGCAAAGUACCAGUCGCGGCUGCAGCUGCCGGUGGCCAUCGUGCGCCCCUCCCUUGUCAGCGCCAUCGCCGGCGCGCCCUACCCGGGCUACGCUGGCAACUGGGCCGGCUGCAUCGGCGCCGGCGCGGCCAUGGCGAUAGGGCUGUUCGACUGCCUGGGGUCUGUCGCGUCGCAGCCGCUCGGGGUGUGGGACAUCGUGCCGGCCGACCUGUGGAGCGCGCCGCGCUCGACUUCGUCGGCGGCGCCGGGCGGUCGCUGCUGGUGA